CAAAGAUGGAGAACAUAAAUGUCCGGAGCACCGAGGUUGAAAAUGUUUGCCCCGCGACAGUGUUACAAAGAAUCCCUGUCAUAAUUAACAAAAUACUGGAAACUCUUCCGAUGAAGUCACUGCACGCCUGUGCAAGAGUCUGUCGAACCUGGAAUGAAAUUGUGAAAAAGAUAAAGCAGACAAGAACAAGUCUACAUUGGCUCUGUGUCCAGGGUGAAGAUGAAGAAAACCAAAAGGAUCACAACAUUGUAGAAGAUCUCACAAUGUCAUUUCAGAAGUUGACUUCAGAGCCUGCACAUGUUUUUGUCUUCUGUACUUCAUCAUUGUUUGAGGAGUCUUUAUAUGUACCGUCAAAGAGUCAGAGUAGAAGACCCAGGCUAUGCAAAAGUCAAUCGUAUGAUGUGGAAAGCUUCAUUACAUCCCUUUUGCCCAGUUCCUGCAAGUGCUACUCAGUGGCAGCUGAUGGAAUUAUUGGAAGUAGUGUAAAUAAAACAGUAGAAAUUGAACAUUCAGUGAUGGCAAUGACUUAUUUGGCCAUUCCAAGGUUACCAGGUGUUGAAAUUUAUGAUUUCUUCAUAGACCUUAAUAAACAUAUUCCCCCCAUGACUCCAGAAAUUCCUGACCUAUUUAAUGUGGAAGAAGUGACGACUGUACCAUAUGACCAGGAGGUGAAGGCCAUCCUGUUUUUCUCUGACCUUCACUUCUGUCCUCAAGAGAUUCAGUUGGGACUGCUGGACUAUUAUAAUGGCUGUCCUGUGGUUGGGGGAUAUGUGGACCAUAUUGUGACACCCCUCUCAGAAUGUGGACUAGAUGAGUCGUCAGAUUCACAGGUUCGAUGUAUUGCCUUAUGUGGACCAAAUGUACAGGUGGCCUCUGUUGUUGUCAAGGAAGACACAGAUAGUGAAAAGGAAAUAGAAAAAGAACUUCUGAAACUGAAGGCUUGCAAUCUGCCCACAGAGAAAAGCUUUGCUUUUAUGUUUGCAUGCCUAGGCAGAGGAAAAUCAUAUCACCAUGGCAAAGAAAACGUGGAAUCCUCUAUAUUUAGGAAGAUAUUUCCACAGACACCGUUGUUUGGAUUCUUUGGGAAUGGUGAAAUUGGCAUGAAUUAUCUUCAUCCGUAUGAUUCUAUGGAAAAUGGUUUUAAGUCAAAGAAGACGAAGACAAGUCGUCACCAUCCCAAACUGUCUCACGCUUAUACCUCAAUAUUUCUCUUAGUUUCUAUCACCUCUUGUUAAUUUAAUAAAGUCAAUGUAAUGUAUAGAAAAGGCUUUAUUAGAUAUUAUUUCUUUCAAUAAGAAAUGUAUAUAAACAAUACCCUAAUAUUUAGAUUAGGCAUGGAGCAAUCAUUCUUACAUGAAUAUAUA